CAACUUCCCAGAAAAGUCAACGUACCCAAGCUCACAGAGAUGAAAGAGACGGCCUUUCGAUCGGCAUCAGCCCCAAUUUCUUCGGCAUGCUUAAUGACUUCCUGUUCAGAAAGUUAACCCCCGUUCACAUGCAGGUGCAGCUUUCGGAUACUACGAAAAUUCCCAGUUUUUGGUGCUCGGAGAAAUUUGAAGGUUCUGGUGUUCUUUGAGUUAUUAGAAUGCACCAGUCAAGAGCUUGGACGUAUGGAGUAUCUGUUGUUGCAUGGUUGUGUUGGUCUUCACUACUCAUCGGAGCAAAGAAUCCCAGUACCCACCCCCAAGAAGUGAAGGCAUUGCAGGCCAUCAAGAGAAGUUUGAUAGAUCCUCAUAAGAAUCUAAAUAAUUGGAAUCGAGGGGAUCCAUGCACAUCAAAUUGGACAGGGAUUGGGUGCUUCAAUAAGACACUCGACGAUGGAUAUCUACAUGUUCAACAAUUGAUGCUCCUAAAUAUGAAUCUAUCAGGAAGUCUAUCACCAGAGCUUGGCUACUUAUCGCAUAUGACAAUAUUGGACUUCAUGUGGAACAACAUAAGUGGGAGUAUACCAAAGGAGAUAGGCAAUAUUACGUCUUUGGAACUCUUGCUUCUGAACGGAAACCAAUUAACAGGUUCCUUACCUGAAGAGCUUGGUUAUCUUCAAAACUUGAACAGAAUACAAAUUGACCAGAAUAACAUAUCGGGACCAAUACCUGUAUCAUUUUCAAAGUUGAACAAAGCAAUGCACUUUCACAUGAACAACAAUUCAAUUAGUGGGCAAAUCCCACCUGAACUAUCCAGAUUACGAAGGCUCAUUCACUUACUUCUUGAUAAUAACAACUUAUCUGGGAAUCUGCCACCAGAGUUCUCCCAAAUUCCCAGAUUACGGAUAAUUCAGCUCGAUAACAAUCGGUUUGAUGGCACUACAAUUCCAGUUUCUUACAGCAACAUGUCUCAAUUGCUGAAGCUGAGCCUUAGGAACUGCAACUUGCAAGGAACAAUCCCUGAUUUGAGCCAAAUACGAAACCUUUAUUAUCUAGACCUCAGUUCAAACAAGCUAAAUGGAUUGAUACCUCCGGGUAGACUUUCUGAGAAUAUCACGACCAUCUAUUUAUCCAACAACAAUCUUACUGGACCAGUUCCUGAAAACUUUUCGGGUCUUCCUCGUCUUCAAAUACUGUCAAUUGCAAACAAUUCAUUGAGUGGCUCAAUUCCAUCCACCAUUUGGAAAAAUAGGACUUUGAAUGAAACAGAAAGCCUCAUUGUGGAGUUGCAGAAUAAUAAGCUAUCAAAUAUUACAGGCAGUACCAGUUUACCUUCGAAUGUCACUGUCUGGCUUCAAGGCAAUCCCUUAUGCUCAAAAACUAACCUAGUCCAGUUCUGUGGAUUUGAAAGUGGGAAUAAAAUUAACAGUGAGAGUUCAACAAAUACCACUUCUGUUUGUCAACCUCAAAGAUGCCCACCCCCUUAUGAAAUUUCUCCUACAUCUCCUGAACCUUGUUUCUGCGCUGCUCCACUGCUUGUUGGAUAUCGGUUGAAAAGUCCUGGAUUCAGCAAUUUUCUCCCGUACAGAUAUAGAUUUGAGGAGUUCCUGACGUCUGCUCUUAAGUUAUUCAAUUUUCAGCUGUACAUUGAUUCAUUUGCAUGGGAAGAAGGACCUCGACUGGGAAUUCACUUGAAGCUUUUCCCUGUAUAUAAUACUAAUAUCUACAAUCCUAAUAUCUUCAAUACAAGUGAGGUUCGGCGAAUCGUCCAUAUGUUCGUAUCAUGGGAAAUUCAUAAUCUGGAUAUAUUUGGACCUUAUGAAGUUCUGAACUUGACUCUACUGGACGUUUAUAAAGAUGUGAUUGCCACCUCUCGAAGGUCUGCUUUAAGCAAAGGUGCUUUGGUUGGCAUAGUAUUGGGGACCAUUGCAGGUGCAGUUUUAUUGUCUGUAGUAGUUUCUCUUCUGACACUCAGGGUGCAUACGAGAAACCACCCUUCAGUUUCGAGAAGACGUCAUCCAUCUAAGGCCUCCAUGAAAAUUGAUGGCGUGAAGCCUUUCACUUAUGGGGAAAUGGCUAUGGCUACAAACAACUUCAACAGCUCCACUCAGGUUGGCCAAGGAGGGUAUGGAAAGGUCUAUAAAGGCACUCUGACAGAUGGUACAGUUGUGGCCAUAAAGCGUGCACAAGAGGGCUCAUUACAGGGUGAGAAGGAGUUCUUAACAGAGAUAGAGUUGUUGUCAAGGUUGCACCAUCGGAACCUUGUCUCUUUGAUUGGAUACUGUGAUGAAGAGUGUGAACAGAUGUUGGUCUAUGAGUUUAUGCCAAAUGGUACUCUAAGGGAUCACCUUUCUGCCAAGUCUAAAGAACCUCUGACUUUUGCUAUGAGAUUGAGAAUUGCCCUGGGAUCGGCUAAGGGCAUCCUCUACCUACAUACGGAAGCUGAUCCUCCUAUAUUUCACCGAGAUAUCAAGGCCAGCAACAUAUUAUUGGACUUAAAGUGUACUGCAAAAGUUGCUGAUUUUGGACUUUCGCGACUGGCCCCAGUUCCAGAUAUUGAAGGGACUGUGCCUGCUCAUAUAUCUACAGUUGUGAAGGGGACACCGGGUUACCUAGAUCCGGAGUACUUCUUAACUCACAAAUUGACCGACAAAAGUGAUGUUUAUAGUCUUGGUGUUGUAUUUCUUGAACUCCUGACUGGGAUGCAGCCAAUUUCACACGGAAAAAAUAUUGUUAGAGAGGUUAAUGUUGCGUAUAAAUCUGGUAUAAUCUUUUCGGUCAUCGAUGAGCGAAUGGGUUCUUUUCCUUCUGAUUGUGUGGUGAAGUUUUUGAGUUUGGCCCUCAAGUGUUGCCAAGAUGAGACAGAUGCACGGCCUUCGAUGGUGGAGGUAGUCCGAGAGCUUGAAAGUUUAUGGCAUUUGAUUCCGGAUUCCGACACCAAAAUGGCAUAUCCCAUGGACACUUACACUGUAAAGGUUGUGAGUUUACAGUCAUCAUCCUCUGCAGUGGAGAAUCCUUAUGUGUCAUCAGAUGUAUCUGGCAGCAACCUUGUUAGUGGAGUUGUUCCAAGCAUCACGCCUAGAUAGAAAAUGCUGAUAAUAAUUUUGGGAAAAACUGGUUUGGUGGUUUCUACCAUCUUCAAAAUUCGAACUGGGAAAUUUUUCUGUACGAUCUUGGUUCUGAUUUUGUGUAUGGUCUAUUUCUAUAUCUAAUUUUCCUGUUCAAACUCUUUAACAACUUGAUAAUGAUGUCUAAUUUGAUGAUGUUGCCACAAAAAACUAAUGCUGUUUAUAGUGUAUAAUACGAUUAAUAAGAAACAUAAAUCUAUCUUCCAUA